GUGGCUGCGAGCCGCCGGCGGGGCGGAACCGACGCCCCGAAACAACACGCGUCGCACGCGCACUGCGCAUCGCCACAGCUGCCCGCCGCGUCCCGUGCAAGAGACGGCGCAGGCCCAGAUGGCGCAGCAUGCAAGAGUGGCUGCCCUGACCGACGAGCUGGUCCACUCCAUCCUCAACUUCGACCCCGCCGCCAACAAGCGCGCGUACCGGCACGCCAAGGACAUCGCCAAACAAGGCCUGCGCGCCCACGAGUAUGCCCGGACAAACCCGUUCGACGUCCGCACCACCUUUGCUGGCUUGGACGAAAAGUUUCGCGUGCUGAACCGCGACGAUCUGGCCGAUGCACUGGACGGGCGCCUCAAGGAGCUCAGCGCCAGACCCGGCAAGUGGAUUCCAGACUGCCUGUCGCUCCUGCUUCAGCUCUCGGAUCGACCCACGGAGAAUUCCCGCAUCGAGGCCCUCGAGCUGCUGCGCCCGCCUACACCCCUGCCCGAGUUGACCUGGAACGAGAUCCUGCAACAUGAUCCUUACAGUGACGACGAAAUCUGGAAAGACAUCGACUACGGCGCCGACUCGUCCGAGGACGACUUGCUGCCAGCGAAGAGAGACGUCGCAAAGCCUCCGCCCCCGACAGCUGUGGACCAUGACGGCACGUGCCAUCCUCAAACCUGCCUUGUCGCCGUGGAUGCGACUGCUGUCGACAGGUUAGAAGACGCACAGUUUUGGAAACACGAAGCAGAACCAGACCAUGGAAAGAUUGACAUUACCGAGCUCCAAGCCAUCAGGGAAACCCUCUUUAUGCUCGCUGGUCUACCGACUUCUUUGUUCCAUGCUGAUAGGCGUGUGGGACUCGAGUACGAACUCCGCCACACCUUGACCAGGACGACAAUCCAUCUACUCGCAGAGUUGAGCGACACAGGUCGCGCCAUCCACCAACUGCGGCACUGGCUAAAACGACCGUCGUCACUGCCGCUCGUUCAGACUUUCGAGGCUGCGGUCUCGAAACGAUUGCUAGAAUACCAUCAGGCGCUCGCUCGUCUUCAGCAGAAGUACCUAGUGCCCGAAAACUCUACUACCGUGAGUCUGUUGGAACUACACAACAACGUGAGGGCCCUUUCUCGACCUAUGCUACGCUUAGCCCAAAUAGUGGCAGAGAUUGAACCCCAGCUGCUCAUCAACCCUUUCAUCCACCUCGAGAUCCUUUUCGACCAGGUCAGUCUCGCACAGAUGACACUUGAGCACGAUAUCUUCCGCUUCCUGUCGCACAUCUUCUUUGAGUGUCUCCAGACCUACUUGAAGCCUAUGCGUAAGUGGAUGGAGAAUGGCGAGCUUGGUCUGAACGACGAGACCUUCUUCGUCUUCGAGGACGAUUCUGGUAGUGAGGCGUCUUCCCUAUGGCACGAUCGAUUUGUGCUUCGCCGCGGUCAAGAGCACAAGCUGCGCUCGCCAGCUUUCCUUGAGCCUGCGGCGCAAAAGAUCUUCAACACCGGUAAAAGUGUAGUAUUCCUCAAAGAGCUGGGUUUACAUACCUCUCGUCUACCCGCAAUCGCUGAAGAGCCUCGUCUGGACCACGAAGCAGUCUGUGGCAGCUUCGUUGAUCUGCCGCUCUCACCUUUCUCAGAGCUUUUUCAGGCAGCGUUCCAAACGUGGAUUGAAAGCAAAUACUCGCUGGCUUCGAACGUGCUCCGAGAAUACAUCUUCAACGAUUGUGCCCUCAUCCAGACUCUGGACAGCUUUAGGUUCAUGUACCUUAGUGCCAACGGCUCCGUCUUUCAAGAAUUCGCUGAUGCCAUCUUCGAGCGAAUGGAUGUUGGUCAGCGCACCUGGAACGAUCGCUUCCUUCUCACCGAGCUUGCUCGCGGCAUCUUCAGUGCGGAAUUAGACAGUUCUCAGUCCGAGCGUAUCAUCGUCCGCUCUCUGCGCAAGAGCUCCAAGUCCCUCUCUGCUUCUGUCAAAGUGCUCUCGCAUGUUUUGCUUGAUUAUGCCCUACCCUGGCCCAUCAUGAACAUCAUCCAGCGGUCGUCGAUUCCCAUCUAUCAGCAAAUUUUUACCUUCCUUCUGCAAUGCUAUCGUACGAAAUAUCUUCUACAGCGCAUCUCACCGCAAAGUAUCCGCGAGCUCAAGGACAGCCGGCUGCGCCAGCUAAGUUAUAAGCUCCGCCAGCGGUUGAUCUGGCUGGCCGACGUCUUGCGCUCGUACUUGACCGGAACCGUCAUUGAUCCUUGUUUUGCGGACAUGAGAGCUGUGAUGAGCAAGGCAGAGGAUAUCGAUGAGAUGUCGGCUAUUCACAUGAAUUAUGUCGCUCGAUUGCAGGACCAGGCCUUACUCUCCGAAAAACUGAAGCCUAUCCACAAAGCUAUGCUCUCGUUGCUGGACCUUGCAGCUCCCUAUUCACAGCAACACGCAAGUCUAGGGUCUAUCGAUCCGAGAUCGAUGCGCCAACGCAACACUGAAAAGAUUAAGUCCCGUCGCAAGUCCAUCUUACCCAUAAAGUUAGAAGAAGAAGAUACUGAUAGUAGUAAUGCCUGUGACGACGAGGUAAGCGCUGAGUCGGAUUUGCCGAUUGCGUCUGAGCAGGAUGUGGUGCUUGGAGGUAUCGAUAAAGAGUUCGGACGGUUGCUCCCGUUCGUGACGGCGGGAUUGAGAAGUGUGGGACGCGUGGGUGCGGAGCCCGUUUGGGAGAUGCUUGCCGAUAGGCUCGAAUGGGAAGGAGGAUGUGGUCAAUGAUAUCAACUAAAGACGCAUUUAGCAGGCUCAUAGGCAUUACAUGGCCGCUGUUUAGAAACAUGUCUGUGGGCGAUGUUUACCCGGGCAAAGGCUUCGGUAGCAGCGUGUCUUUCGUAGUCC